CAACAAGUAAACUAAACCAAAAUUCCUGCUUCUUCUUUCUGCUCAAGAAACCCACACAGGGGUUUAUCAAAUUAGGGUUUUACAUCGUUGAUUCCUUCAGUUUCAUCCAUGUCUGUAUCAAAUUUCAUACGAAAGAAGUCUGCAGAGGCUCUAUUUUCUCCUACAAGGUGUGGCACACAGAAGAUGAUGUUUCAUUCUUCAAGCUACAUGAGAGCGGCACAAAGGUCGAAUAAGAAUGGGCGUUUAUUGGAUAAGGGUCGGGAACAAUUGGCUUCUUCGUCAUCGUGGCGAUCUUACCUUCUUCCAAUUGGCGUUUUUGGUGUUCUUGGUGGGAUUGGUGGAGGAUAUCUUUUUAUGCGUUCUUAUGAUGAGAAGAGAACUCCUCGUAGAGGAGAGGGUAGAAACGACGGACGCAGUGCACGAAACGCACCGGUGAUUGGCGGGCCUUUCAGCUUGAUUGGUUCAGAUGGUAGAUUAGUGACGGAAAAAGACCUUCAGGGGGAAGACUGGAUACUUAUCUACUUUGGUUAUACGGCAUCCCCUGAUGUGGGGCCAACCGAACUUGCGAAAUUAGCCAAGGUUAUCAAUACACUAGAUUCAGAACACAACAUUACGAUUCGACCUGUUUUCGUCACCAUUGAUCCGCAACGUGAUACCCCAUCUCACCUUCGCGCCUAUCUCAAAGAGUUUGAUGAGAGAAUAAUGGGUCUAACUGGACCAGUUGGUGCUAUAAGAAAGAUGGCGAAUGAGUACAGAGUGCCUUUUAAGAAGGUUGAAGAAGAUGGGGAUGAUUAUCUUGUCGAAAUUUCACACGGAAUGUAUCUGAUGAAUCCAAGUAUGGAAUUUGUUAAAAGCUUUGGGCUUAGGUAUACUGCAAAUCAACUAUCCCAAGAGAUUCAAAAAGAAGUACAGAAGACACAAAACUGAUUUUUUUUUUUUUUUUUUUUUUUUUGAUCAUCAUUCAUCAUCACUAAGCAGGGAAUGUGGUUUACUGAUUAGCUUCAAGUAAAGGGUUUGUGUGGAUAGCUGCUAAUUGAUUGGUUUUAUUUGGUUUUUUCACUCAUCUAACAAAUAGAAUUGAAGGGUAGAUCUUUGUUGGUCUCAGUUUUAAGAUCAUGAGUAAAGUCUUGAGAAAUAUAAUAACACAAAUGCAAGGAUA